UUGGCGUGGUGUCCGCGGUUUUGAAAAUUGUUUUGAAUUUGCAUGGAUUUUUACGUAAGAUGCUCUUGAGCUGACAGAAUUUGCGUAUUUUUUUUGUUGAGCAGUAAGAAAAUGUCGCAGAGAAACCUUUCGCAAGAUGCAUCUGAGGAACGGCUGGAUGCCUUAGCGUCGGAAACAUUAAGAUACUUGUUGGGAAUGGCACAUACUAAGUUACCUGUGAAACGACAAGAUAUUACCAAAAAUGUGCUGAAAGAUUAUAGUAAGAACUUCAAGGCAGUUAUGGAAAGGACGAAAAGAUUUUUAAACGAGGACUAUGGCAUUGAUGUUGCUGAAGUUGGUACAUCAGCUGGAAACAAAUCUUACAUACUAAUAAACCAGUUUAGGUACAAAGAUAUACCAAGCUCAAGCAGAUUUGUAUCAGAUUCUAUGAAGUCUCAACAAAUACUGCUUAUGAUUGUCCUUUCCUUUGUAUUCAUGAAGGGAGGUGUAGUUAAAGAAGAUGUGCUGUGGGAAUUUCUUAUAAGACUAGGCUUAAUUAAAAAAGGAAGCAACUUCAUACAUGAAAGAUUUGGGGAUGUUAAUAAAUUUGUGUCUCAGGAUUUUAUUCGACAACUGUAUCUGGAAUAUAGAAUUGUUCCAAAUACAGAUCCUCCAAAACAUGAAUUUGCUCUUGGAAAGCGGGCAGAGUUAGAAGUUUCAUAUCGUGGCCUCUUGGAAUUCAUGAGCUCUGUUUAUGGAAACUCUAACAUACAAGUGUGGAAUACCCAGUAUGAAGCUGUUAUGCAGCAAGAACAUAUGUGGAUGCAAAGGAAUCGUGGGGGAAGUGAACUAUUCACUUCUUCACAAUCCUCAACCCAGUGUGAUACAUCGCCACCUUUGUCCCAGACAGCAACAAAUUCAUCUUUGCGGUCCAGACAGUUCUCAUUGUCACAACCUGGUCCUUCUGGCUUACAGAGCAGAGGAGCAGGCAGCAACAGCAGCAGUCAACCAUCUGGGACAUUCUUGCAUCCAUCUAGCCUUUCCCAAACAAGACAGCGCAGCAGAUCCAACACUUCUCCGCAAGGGCCAGUGAAAAAAUUGCGGAGCUAACAGUGACAGAUGAUACGUUGAGGAGGAGAGAAGUUCUUAUACUACUUUCCAACUCCUUUUUUUCCCCCACAGACAUUGGAGAUAAUGGCACAUUUGUGCAGGGGCCAGUAUGAAAACUCAGUGUUCAUUGGUUUUACUACAAAUAAACGUAAUUUCCAUGUACAAAUUUUUUGCAGAGGACAAAAACUGUUGGUAUAAUACAUUCUGCAGAUUCCCUAUGCAAAUAUUAUUAUUAGAGAGAAAAAUCAAUUGUUAAAAAGCAUUGUCCUCAGAUUGUUAAGUGUAAAUGAAUGUGUAAUCCUUGUAUUUUAUGACCAAGAUGACACACAGUAAGCUUAACAUGCUUAACUCUAAUUUGAAAAGGUUAGUUUCUUUUGACCUUUUUCAAACAGUAUUUAAAGUGAUUAGUUCUUUAGCUAAUUAUGUGAAGUAAGAAUUUGGAAUUAAUUGCAGAUUUUGUUCUGUAAUUAAUCUGUUCCUCUGCAUCCUUGUACUUCAUCUUUUUUUUCUGAGUGUCUUGUGUAAUUUAUAAGCAACUUCUACCAGGCAAAUCAGUUUUCAGAAACUUUUAUUAUUUCAAAAUAUUUGGCCUUUUUAACAGAGUAUGUCUUUACAGGUGUUUUAGUAUUCUAGUCAAAUAAUUCUUUCAUUGUUAAUUCAGGAGUGGAGUCAUGACCAUAAGCACUAUUUGAUUAAUGAGUCCCUUUUACAUUUCAUUUUGUCCAGUUCCUCACUGUGUUAAAGCAUCAUACCAAUGUUUAUAAUGGUGAGCUUGAGGUACAUCUGGAGGCUAUAACUGGAUUUGGCGUGUACAAGCAAUCUUUUGAAGGUUUCACUUCUUCAUCAUAAGAUGGAGGAGGGAAAAUUGUUCUGAAACAUGUGGUGACUUAUGAGAUGCUGGUACACGUUUGUACUUUGAAAUCCAUUGUUUAGUUUGUCCUUUUGUGUAUUUACUUGUGCUUAUCAACUAAUUCCACAACAAAAGUAGCAGACAGUGGUUGGCCAAUGCCAAACAUCCACAAGCUUCUUUAGUAGUUCAUAAUUCUCAUAAGAUUUGUCAGUAGGACUUAAUAUUAGGUAUGUUAAGCAUACUAUCAGAUAGUUGAUGAUAUCACAUUGCAGUGGCUGGUACCCUUUUUAACAUUUUUAAUAGCAAAAUUUUUUCCAUUACUUGACUGUUGACAUUGGUCUGUUUGAACAGAUUUGAUGAGGAGUAAACACCUCUUUUAGAACUGGUUUUUGAAAAAGACUAAAAUGUUCAAGCUGACCUUCAGGCUGUCAACUGCUUUACUUUUAAAAAAUUGUAUAUUGUUUGUCCAGCACACUAUGCACAAACGUGGUUCUCUUUGUGCAGCUGUGAUGGUGUAGGUGUGUAGAUUGAUUUUAUGACAACACUUAUAUUGUUUUCAAGGAAAGAUAAAAAUAUUAGUACCAAGCACAUUUUUUAGAUCUUCAUUAUUCAGUACCAUAUCAGUUCAAACAUUUAAACUUUCAUCCAUAAUUUACUUAGCUCAGUAGUAGGACCUGGGUCACUAUUGUGAGAUUUUGAUUAUGGGUACUUUUAAAUAAAUGUUAUCUGUGUUAUUCAUAUGCAGCUUGAGAAAUGUGAAACACUCAGUCUCAUUGCUCUUGGUAGCAGUAGUGCAGUGUCAGGAGAGCUUCCUGAAAGUGUUGCAGGAAAUGCAUGCAGGUAGUAACUUAUUUUGUCAGCAGGUAGCAAAUGAUGUUCCACAUAGUAUCUAUGCAUGUGGAUAUGAUGGGGAGUGAUAGGGACAGUGUUGCUCUCAAGUAUGUAUAUUUUAUCCUAUGAGUUGUAUGUUCUGUGAUACACUAUGUGAAGUUUUCUUAGGAAGUUGUGAGACUAUUUCUAUUGCACUAUUAUGUUGCAGUUUUACCAUUUCACGGGAAAGUCUCAUUACUUUCUAGAAACACCAAAUAUGUGAUAUUCAUGUCACAUCUAAUGUGACAGAGGAUAUUUUUGUAACAUGCCAGUGCAAGUGUGUACAAUAUAGCAGCCAUGACUAUUGUCAUGUUGCAAGGAAAAUGUAUUUUAUUAUUUUCGUAAUAAAAUUUAUGAGG